AUGCCCGUAUUCCUGCCCAAUCCCGUUACUCUCGCCCUAUUCCCGUACUCCGACCCAAUCCCCUUACUCUCGCCCUAUGCUCGUACUCCUACCCAAUCCCCUUACUCUCGCCCUAUUCCCGUACUCUUACCACAUCGCCUUACUGUCGACCUAUUCCCGUACUCCGACCCAAUCCCCUUACUCUCGCCAUAUGCCCGUAUUCCGACCCAAUCCCCUUACGCUCGCCUUAUGCCUGUACUCCGACCCAAUUCCCUUACUCUCGCUAUAUGCCCGUUCUCCGAAUCAAUCCCCUUACUCUUGCCCUAUUCCCGUACUCCUACCUUCGCCAUGUACCCGUACCCCGACCCAAUCUCCUUACUCUCGCCCUAUGCCCGUAUUCCUACCCAAUCCCCUCACUCUCGCCCUAUUCCCGUAGUCAUAUCCAAUCCCCUUACUCUCGCCCUAUUCCCGUACUCCGACCCAUUUCCCUUACUCUUGCCCUAUUACCGUACUCUUAUUCCCGCCAUAUACCCGUACUCAUACCCAAUCUCCUUAGUCUCGCCCUAUGCCCGUAUUUCGACCCAAUCCCCUUACUCUUGCCCUAUUACCGUACUCUUACUCACGCCAUAUACCCGUACUCAUACCCAAUCUCCUAAAUCUCGCCCUAUGCCCGUAUAUCUACCCAAUACCCUCACUCUUGCCCUAUUACCGUACUCUUACUCACGCCAUAUACCCGUACUCAUACCCAAUCUCCUUAAUCUCGCCCUAUGCCGUAUUUCUACCCAAUCCCCUAACUCUCGCCCCAUUCCCGUACUCCUACCAAAUCCCCUUACCCCCGCCAUAUACCCGUACUCCUACCAAAUCCCCUUACCCCCGCCAUAUACCCGUACUCCUACCAAAUCCCCUUACUCUCGCCCUAUUCUCAUAUUCCUACCAAAUCCCCUUACUCUCGCCCUAUUCCCGUACUCCUACAAAAUCGCCUUACUCUCGCCCUAUUCCCGUACUCAUACCCAAUCCCCUUACUCCCACCAUAUACCCGUACUCCUACCCAAUCUCCUUACUCUCGCCCUAUUCCCGUACUCAUACCCAAUCCCUUUACUCUCGCCUUAUUCUCGUGCUCCUACCAAAUCUCCGUACUCUCGCCCUAUGCCCGUAUUCCUAUCCAAUCCCCUUACUCUCUCCUUUUUUCGUACUCCGACCCAAUCCCCUUACUCUCGCCAUAUGCCCUUACUCAUACCCAAUCCUCAUACUCUCGCCCUAUGCCCGUACUCCUACCCAAUCCCCUUACUCUCGCCCUAUUCCCGUACUCUUACCAAAUCGCCUUACUGUCGACCUAUUCCCGUACUCCUACCCAAUCCCCUCACUCUCGCCCUAUUCCCGUACUCCGACCCAAUCCCUUUACUCUCACCUUAUGCCCGUACUCCGACCCAAUCCCCUUACUCCCGCCUUAUGCCCGUACUCCGACCCAAUCCCCUUACUCUCGCCUUAUGCCCGUACUCCGACCCAAUCCCCUUACUCUCGCCCUAUGCCCGUAACCCGACCCAAUCCCCUUACUCUUGCCCUAUUCCCGUACACCGACCCAAUCCAUUUACUCUCGCCCUAUUCCCGUACUCCGACCCAAUCCCCUUACUCUCGCCCUAUGCCCGUACUCCGACCCAAUCCCCUUACUCUCGCCCUAUGCCCGUAUUCCUAUUCAGUCCCCUCACUAUCGCCCUAUUCCCGUACUCCUACCCAAUCCCCUUUUAA